AUGGUGCAGGCCGGCGGCAAUCGACGCCCGUGGGUAGAGGCCGCGAGCAGCGCGUUCGCCGUCGCCUCGGCCCUUCCAGUCACGAUGAACAGCAUGCAAAUUGCUGAUCUUUUCGAAAAGGUCGAACGACUCGAACCACUCGAUUCAUGCCCUUUAAGUGCAGAGCUUUCAUCGUUACGAAAUGCGACUGGCGAAACGCUACUCAUUGUCGCUGCACGUGCAAAUAAUGUUGCGGCCGUUAAGACACUUGCCCUGGAUACGGAAAUGCUUGAUGAAUCUGACAAUGAAGAAUGGAGCGCUUUGUUGAAUGCAGCUCACAGAGGUCAUACAGAGAUAGUCAAAAUUCUUCUGGAAAAUGGUGCCAGUGUAGACUUUCCCGAUUCGUUGGGUUGGAGUCCAUUAAUGUGGGCUGUUUACAAAUGCCAUCCUGAUAUAGUGGAUCUACUUUUAAAUUACGGAGCUCACGUCAACUUGAUUGAUGAAGAAGACGGUUUGACACCUCUCAUUGUAGCUGCUGGUCGUGGUUUUACUAAUGUCGUCGAAAGGUUGCUUGCAGCUGAUGCACAAGUCAAUGCCUGUGACAAAUUCGGCAGCACAGCCUUGAUCUGGGCUGCCCGAAAAGGUCACCUACCAAUUGUACAAAUGUUGUUGAAUGCGGGUGCUGAAGUAGACGCAGUCGGGAUGUGGUCUUCAACUGCUUUAAUGCUAGCUACAAAGGGGAAUUAUUUAAAUGUUGUAGAUCUAAUUUUGACUCGGGAGCCGAACGUAAACGUCGUCGAUCAGAAUGGUCUGUCAGCAUUAGGAAUGGCGGCACGAGAGGGCUAUGCAGAUAUUUGUGAAUCUCUUAUCAACUCGGGUGCUUUUGUCAAUCAAUCUGAUAAAUACGGUAACUGGAUAUUGACCAGCGCUGUUCGUAGCGGCAAUGCUAACAUUGUCCGUUUGUUACUCGAAAAGUUUGCUGAUGUCAAUGCCAGAGAUUCGGAGAAUAGGACUGCUUUGCAUCUGGCCAUCGAUAAAUCAUUCAUGGAUAUUGUUUAUCUCAUUCUGGAAAGGAAGCCAAACUUAGAGCUGAAGAAUAAGGAUGGCGAAACGCCUCUUCUUCGAGCGGUUAAAAGUCGUCAUGUUGCAUUAUGUGAGCUGCUUGUUAAAGCAGGCGCGAAAAUUUCGGCAGCAGACAAUAAUGGCGAUAAUGCUCUUCACCUAGCUCUGAGAGCCAGAAGUCGGAGGCUAACGCAGACCUUAUUAACAAAUCCCUCGGAUUCUCGCCUCCUCUACCGACCAAAUCGCCUUGGUCAGACUCCAUAUUCUAUCGAUCAAGGAAAUCCGCAACCUAUAUUGCCUCUAAUCUUUGGACCAAUAGAUGCGGAGCAACAGAUGGACACAAUGUUAGGAUACGAUGUUUAUAGCAAUGUACUCGCCGAUAUUGUUUGUGAACCGUCUCUGUCUCUUCCACUCACUGUUGGCUUGUAUGCCAAAUGGGGAUCGGGUAAAUCUGUGUUACUUGCAAAACUCAAGGACUCAAUGUACAGCUUUUCGCGUAAUUGGCUAGAGGGAGCUCACUUAGAUUUCCUCUUUGCCGAUUAUCAUCGGUUGUCAUCUAUUGGUGGUGAGCAAGCACUAGCUAAAAUCGUGGCCACUUUGUUUGAGUCGGCUGAAACACACUUCGGCGUUUUGCCUGUGCGGCUAUUCUGCUCGUUGAGAACCGCUUAUCCCGGGCAGCAUGGUUCGCUGCGGCGACAUUGCGGUGUACCAAUAGUUCUCCUGGUGGGAGUCGCUGUGGUUGUGUUGCUUUGUUCCGAAGUAUUUAUGACGCUAUGGUUAUUCAGUGAAAGAGAUGCGAGCUCAGGAGCCUUGUUUGUUGCAUCUGUGGCUUUCGCAGUUGUAUUUCUUAUGCUAACAAUCUAUCCCAUUAUUAUUAUGAUGAGAUAUGGCUACACUAAUGUUCCUCGGCGACGUGUUAAUGCGGCUGCAAGAUCGGUUCACAAAUUACGCUUCGAGGGCCUAAUGCAGAAGUUGCAAUCCGAAGUUGAUAUAUUGGCUGAUAUGAUAAGGUCCCUGGAUGCAUUUACUAGGAGUCAGACGCGACUUGUUGUUGUAGUGGACGGGCUUGAUAACUGUGAACAAGAGCGUAUGGUGCAAACGCUGGAUGCUCUGGAACUUUUGUUUUCUGCUCGUAAACAUCGACCUUUUAUCACAAUCAUAGCUGUUGAUCCACAUAUAAUUGUGUCGGCCAUCAAUCAUAACAUGCACUCUGCUCUUACUGGAACUGAACUCACCGGUCAUGACUAUUUGAAAAAUAUCGUUAACAUGCCUCUCUAUCUUCAUAACUCAGCCCUACGUCAGCUACAAAACAAGUUGAAGGCCAAACGCGAGUCUUUUGCUGAUUGGAAAGAGCGAUAUAGGCGUCAGGAAACUUUUCAUGGCUCACAUCUCUCGUUGUCUGACGGACGACAAAGUCGAAAGGAUUUAAUUUCAAAGGCUACGGUGGUUGUUGGUACGCGCAGUAUUGGAGAAUCGCUACUCAAUGAUGACUACUUCUCCAAUAUGAAUCCUCGUGCCAUGAGAAGGAUCGUUAACGCUCUUACUUUAACUGGUCGGCUUAUGCGAGCAUUCGAGAUCGAUUUCUCUUGGCUCGCUCUUGGUCACUGGGUUUCUCUUUUGGAACAGUGGCCUAGUAGGAUGUGUUGGUUGAUCGAUCGUGCUCUUGAUGUCAACAAUAACGCUUUAACGCUAGCCGAGCGUCUAUCACUCACGAUAUUUAAGGCUUUCUUGGACUCGCCAGCAAUUCCUAGUUCUGAGCAGCUUACGGUUGGGCAUGUGAAAAAGUUCGUACCAUGCACCAGCAAUCUCGAUCCUUAUCUGAGGAAACUGAUUAGAGAGCGACGUCAAGGCUUGGAGGAUCCAGUGCAGGAGAUUGGUCUUGGUUCAGUGAUUCCGCCGAAUGCCAAGUACUUGUUCGGGGAUGAAAAAGUGUGGAGCACGGUGAAUACUCCACUUGUGGAGAUGAAACUGGAUGCUGUGUGCAGUCUUGUCAAGCGACUAGACAUUGCUCCUAGCAGGCUCGACACUAUCAUUCGUAAAUUCCAACAACUCAAUCUUGGAGGCCUCGUUCUAGCUUCGUGUCCACUUCAAGACCUGAAGGAUGCGCUGGGAAUCCCACUGGGGGACUGGACCAUGGUACGACUUCUCGUCGAAACUCUAAAAGCAUUCGGACCAAAUGUUCCUGGUGUGAAAAUCGACAAGAGGAAAGCGCUGACGUUACCAGAAGAGGAUGAGGAUGGCUCAGACGUCGAAGCGGAAGUGAUUCGUCGUGAUACGGUAGUACAAUCGCCGACAGCUCAGUUGUCCAAAGAUCAGCGCAGGAGGUCGGUGGCUGCAACAACUGAAAUUAACAGCGAUCACAAGUGGCUUAUGGAAAGUCUUUCCGGAAUGGAUCUAACUCAAACUGAAGGUGAUCUCGACUUGCCACCAUCUUCCGGGAAUUCAGUGCGGUUCGGUGACGCACUGGAAGAUGGGCUAGCUUCUGAUGCUGAUAGCAUAGAGUCUCGUUUCGGGAGCCGAGAGAAUUUGCUCGACCCCGGUCCGAUUCUCAGUCGUCACUCCAGCACGAGCAACGGAAGGGGUGAAUUGAUGCGCCAGAUCCACAACGACUCUAUUCACAGCGCUACGGAUGCCGCCUCAUCGGUAGUGUCAGAUGAUGAUCACCAGAUGACUGUCAUGCGUCGAGAUGGCGCAAUACCUGUAUCCGAACGAACUCAGCUGGCAAACCUCUUUGGACGUGAGAAUGGCAAUGCGUAG